ACCACAAAGUUCCGGGUUGGGGGACAGACGAAAAAAAGGAUGACAAUAACGAUGGGAAGGAGACGGACGACGACGACGACGACGACGACGAUGAAGAUGACGAGGAUGACGAAGACGACGACGAUGACGACGAUACGGAUUGGGGGCAGGGCCAAACGGAGCGGUGGAUGGAGGACUUCGGUCCAAAUAAGUUCGCAGAUAGAGAUUAUGUGGAUUCAAAAGAGCCAGACGAUCCCGAAGUGUGUGAGAAAAACUCCGAUGAAGACAUAAUGACUUUUGGUAUAGAGCUCGAAUUUCUCCUCGCAGUAUCAUCGGCCAUGAGAAAAAGACCCGGAGAAGAAUAUCGUAUAGAUCCACAUCCACGAGAAAGGCGUUGGAUAUCACGAAAGCUUGAAUCUCGCGCUAUCAAUCGCAAUGAUGACGACGACCUAGAUACAUUAUAUUUCAAACGAUACGCUACCAGGAGAAUUGUCAGACUGCUGCUACGCAACGGGGUACCGGCCCACGAGGAUAAUAUGGGGAUGUACAUGGAAGAUCUAUCAGAAAGCGAUUUCACUGAUGAUGAAACGCCGAAUUGGAAGAGUGUUCUGCGAAGAUUUACCGUCAACGAAAAGUACGAUCCUAACCGAACACAUUACCAAAACGGGAGAAUUGGCUUUAGAUUUGUCGACGAAUUUUGCCGUUUUUGUGAAUCCAAUGACGUUGAUAUACUUAAAAUGAAGACUGAUGAUGUUGAUUCGGCACGCGAGAGGGUAGAAGAAUGCCUUUAUGAUUGGCCCAAUAACGUUCAUCGCAAUCAGGUAACAGCAAAUUUCGAAUUUAAACUCUCUCAGAGCUGCGAGGAUAGAAGAGCGUUAGAUAGACUUGCACUCGCCACAGCAGAAGAUUCACUACAUGUUCCAAUAAAGGGCUUAAAUUCGAAUUACACAGCGUGGUCGGUCGUGGAAGAUCUUUCGCUACAUGGAGAUGGUAUGGUACCUAGCCGCUAUCUUAUACCCAUGUUCAACCAAAGCAAAAGGCCCAUGCGAGACUAUUACUGGUUUGGUGCGGAGGUAGUUAGCCCUCCGUUGUCCAUUCAUGAUAAAAAGGCGCAUGAAGCCAUUCGAAAGGCUUGCAGUGCACUUCGUGGAAGCCUGCGUUGUCACAAGCCUAUGGAGGCCUCAUCGGGACUCCAUGUGCACCUGGGCCAUAAGCAUGGGUGGAACUUAUUACAGAUUAAGAGAUUUGUCACGCUCUGGGCGCUAAUGGAGCCGGUUCUUAUACAUCUUCAUAGGAAGGACCGGGGCUCGCCGACGACGAGAUGGUGUCGCAAUUUAGAUGAGGGCACAUGCCUCGGACAAGCUCUCUUCCAUCCCGAUCCACAGGUUCGUUAUAGGCAGAGUGGUUGUUUACCACGUUCUAGCCCAACUGAGAGAGCUCGUAAUAGAGCAGCCAUGGACGAUCACUUUGAUAUUUCGACCACCGAUAGACGCAUGAGGGAAUUCGUUCAAAACGUGUGGCAUUAUACGUCAAUUACCGACUUGACCAAUGCUUUGGCCGGCGGUGAAGAUGAUGAGAUGGACUAUAUCAGGCCGGCCAUCCGAGUACGCAUAAAGGGUGAUAAGAAGUCCGAUGAUCCUGAUGAGAACAACCCCGCGACGAUAGAAGUUAGAACGAUGCACGGAACGCUCGACGCUGACCACAUACUCGAAUGGCUUGUCGUCUUGGAAAAAAUUCUAGCGCUUUCGCGCUACGCUACGAAUGAAGUAUAUAAGGGCACAGUACUGCUCGCCACGCGUAUGUUAAAUCGCACCGAUUCUCAAGUACAUAGCUUACUACUCGGGCUUCAACUUCCUCCAAGAACAAUACAUUACUUCAUGAGCGACCUUAAUAGAGUUGGGAAUGCUGCCCAUGGUGAGGACUGGUGGGUAUAUCCAGAUCUGGAUGUAGUUGAUUGGCUUGAUCCGUUCAUGGCUCCUGGGCACAGAGCAACGCAUGGGGAAAAGUAUGACUUUGUAAAUUCUUAGGAUAUUAUCUUGGAAUAUAUCGCGGGUGGAAUGUAGGUUGUAAGUUGGGCUCGAAUAGGUAUUGAAGGUGACGGAUAAGAAAUUAU